CAAGAUGGACGCGCUCAGUGGUGCAGGUUGUUUUGUGCGUCGAUGACCUAAAACUUGUUAAGCUAAUAUAAAUGGUGAGAUCGAGCUGAAAAGCAUCGACUCAGGACUGUUGCGCACGUUAGAGGCAUCUAGGUGUCAACCAGUCAAUCUCAUUGUGCUAGAGAGUCACUGAGUCAGCACGUCGUGCCUUCUAGCCAAGAUGAACGAACUUGCCAAACUCGAGUAUUUGUCUCUCGUGUCAAAAAUCUGUACGGAAUUGGACAACCAUUUAGGAAUCAACGAUAAGGAUAUGGCCGAGUUCAUCAUCGACCUGGCAGACAAAAACAACACGUUCGAGUCGUUCAAGAAGGCUCUGCAAGAAAACGAAGCGGAGUUUUCAGAUUCGUUCAUAGCAAACCUCCUACGAAUCAUCCAGCACAUGAGGCCAAAAAAGGGGGCGACCACAUCUAAAGAAGGUUUUGAGGAAAAGCCGAAGACUGAAUUGGACUUGAAACGUGAACGAUUUCCAUUUUUAGCUCUCCCAAAUGACCCCAAUGUUGGGAAAUUGCUCGAUGAAGAUGUCAAAGUGGCAUCAGAUGCAUUCGCACAGCUUGAGGCAUUGGCUCCCACUGCCAGGAAAACUGAUGCUGAUAGCGAAAAACGGAGCAGAGAUGCUGAGCGAACCAGUGAAAAAUCAAGCAGGUCUCGAAGACACAGGUCACGGUCUCGAAGUCCAGUUGCACGGUCGUCAAGACACCGGUCUCGAUCCCGCUCCAAGAGCCCCUACUCAAAACGAUUUUCAAGGCACAAGUCACGCAGUCGCAGCCGGGACCGCAGGAGGUCUCGGUCGAAGGAUCGACACCGCGGGUCUAGCCGCAAGGAGAAGAGCACAGUGCCUGUGUCUCCUGAUCCCGUUGUGGGACAGAUUUACAAUGGGAAAGUGACCAACAUCAUGCAGUUUGGAUGCUUUGUUCAGCUAGAAGGGCUGCCUAAGCGGUGGGAAGGUCUUGUUCACAUAUCCCAGCUGAGGAGAGAAGGUCGUAUCACCAAUGUCGGGGAUGUGGUCACCAGAGGGCAGCGUGUUAAAGUCAAGGUGUUGUCUUUUACCGGCCAGAAAACCAGUCUCUCCAUGAAGGACGUAGACCAGGACACUGGGGAGGAUCUCAAUCCCGUGCGGCGAGCAGGUGACACAGAUGGCACCGAGUCGGCCCGCAACCCAGAUCGGCCCUGCUCAUUGCCACUUCUUACACGCCCUGAUGACGACGACGUUGACAACCGCCGGCGUGUUCAAAGGAUCUCCUCACCUGAGAAGUGGGAGAUUAAACAGAUGCUGUCUGCAAAUUGUAUUGACAAAUCUGAGCUCCCCGACUUUGACGAGACGACUGGCUUGUUGCCCAAGGAAGACGAUGAUGAGGAAGACUUGGAGAUUGAAUUGGUUGAAGAGGAACCGCCUUUUCUGAGAGGCCAUGGUAGAUCGAACCUGCAAGAUCUGAGCCCUGUUAGGAUUGUAAAGAACCCUGAUGGUUCACUGGCUCAAGCAGCCAUGAUGCAGUCUGCACUUGCCAAGGAGCGCCGAGAGCAAAAACAACAACUAAGGGAAGCAGAAAUGGACUCUAUUCCUGCAGGCCUAAACAAGCACUGGAUUGAUCCCAUGCCUGAUGCGGAUGGACGGACACUGGCCGCCAAUAUGCGGGGCAUUGGUCUGGUGACCCAAGAGCUGCCAGAGUGGAAGAAGCAUGUGACCGGUGGUGCGAAGGCCUCCUACGGCAAGAAGACGCAGCUGACCAUCCUGGAGCAGAGGCAGUCACUGCCCAUCUACAAACUCAAGGAUGAACUGGUCAAGGCCGUGAUGGAUAACCAGAUCCUGAUUGUCAUUGGUGAAACUGGCUCGGGGAAGACCACACAGAUCACCCAGUAUUUGGCAGAAGCAGGCUUCACAACGAGGGGAAAGAUUGGCUGCACUCAGCCGAGGCGUGUGGCUGCCAUGUCGGUGGCCAAGAGAGUGGCUGAAGAAUUCGGCUGCCGGCUGGGACAGGAGGUUGGGUACACAAUUCGGUUUGAAGACUGCACCAGCCCAGAGACACAAAUCAAGUACAUGACAGACGGUAUGUUGCUGCGAGAAUGCCUGAUCGACCUGGAUUUACUUUCCUACUCCAUCAUCAUGUUGGACGAGGCCCACGAGAGGACCAUACACACCGACGUCUUGUUUGGCCUCCUAAAGAAUGCAGUCAAGAAGAGGCCGCAGUUAAAGCUGAUCGUUACAUCGGCAACUCUGGAUGCCGUGAAGUUUUCACAAUAUUUUUUUGAAGCGCCCAUUUUCACCAUUCCGGGAAGGACCUUUCCUGUCGAAAUUCUCUACACAAAGGAGCCAGAGACGGACUACCUGGAUGCCUCACUUAUCACAGUGAUGCAGAUCCAUCUGACAGAACCUCCUGGUGACAUUUUGCUCUUUCUCACGGGUCAAGAAGAAAUCGACACUGCCUGUGAGAUCCUGUAUGAACGGAUGAAGUCCCUUGGCCCCGACGUUCCUGAACUUAUUAUUCUGCCCGUGUACUCUGCAUUGCCGAGUGAAAUGCAAACCAGGAUAUUUGAACCUGCUACUCCCGGCUCCAGAAAGGUCGUGAUUGCUACCAACAUUGCUGAGACAUCACUGACUAUUGACGGAAUCUACUAUGUUGUGGAUCCAGGCUUCGUCAAGCAAAAUGUCUACAACCCAAAAACCGGCAUGGAUUCCCUGGUUGUCACACCGAUCUCACAGGCCCAGGCCAAGCAGCGGGCUGGUCGGGCUGGCCGCACAGGGCCAGGCAAGACGUACCGUCUGUACACAGAGCGAGCCUACCGAGACGAGAUGCUAACGACACCCGUGCCAGAGAUCCAGCGAACAAACCUGGCCUCCACUGUGCUCCAGCUAAAGGCUAUGGGCAUCAAUGACCUCCUCUCCUUUGACUUCAUGGACGCUCCUCCCACUGAGACCCUCAUCAUGGCAUUGGAGCAGCUGCAUUCCCUCAGUGCAUUGGACAAUGAGGGACUCCUCACACGUCUGGGGCGAAGGAUGGCUGAGUUCCCCUUGAGCCCCAACUUGGCCAAGAUGUUGAUCAUGUCUGUUCACCUGGGCUGCAGUGAGGAGAUCCUUACAGUGGUCUCCAUGCUUUCAGUGCAGAAUGUGUUCUACAGGCCAAAGGACAAGCAAGCACUGGCUGACCAGAAGAAGGCAAAGUUCAACCAGGCAGAAGGUGACCACCUGACACUGCUGGCCGUUUACAACUCUUGGAAGAACAACAAGUUCUCCAACGCAUGGUGCUACGAAAACUUUGUUCAAAUUCGGACUCUCAAGCGGGCACAGGACGUACGCAAACAGCUGCUUGGAAUCAUGGACAGGCACAAGCUAGACGUAGUUUCCUGUGGCAAGAACACAGCACGCGUGCAGAAGGCAGUGUGCAGUGGCUUCUUCCGGAAUGCAGCCAAGAAAGACCCCCAGGAGGGAUACCGGACACUUGUGGAUGGCCAAGUUGUCUACAUCCAUCCAUCCAGUGCUCUCUUCAACCGCCAGCCAGAGUGGGUUGUGUACUACGAGCUGGUGUUGACAACUAAGGAGUACAUGCGAGAAGUGACCACCAUUGAUCCCAAGUGGCUAGUCGAGUUUGCGUCUUCCUUCUUCAAGUUUGCCGACCCAACCAAGCUGAGCAAACACAAGAAGCAGUUGCGCCUCGAGCCUCUCUACAACAAGUACGAGGAGCCCAACGCAUGGAGAAUAUCCCGUGUACGCCGCAGACGCAACUGAACAUUCGUCGCUCGUCAGCAGACUUCGCAGGUCUGCGCGAAGAACAGCUCCGACUUCGUUCUCAUCUGUGUUGUGUAUUGAAACCAUAGACUAUGUGUCGUGUAAAUAUGGUCCGUACUUUGUUUUAUCAUGCUUUUAUUAAGAAGAAGAAACUAAAAGCAAUUUGAUCGUAUGUUUGCUGGGAUGUUAUAUGUUGCUGUAUUCUCAACACCUUGUCCAUUCUCUUCUAGGAGUGACUAUUUUUCACUAUGGUUUCAUGUGUUCUUGUGUAGUUUGACCCGUUUGACUCCCAAGAGCUUUCCAGAGAAACUUCCCUCAAAAAUGACACACACAAAACAAAAUUCAAAAUUUUUAUUUUGCCAUGUGCUUACAUCUGACGGACUGAUCAACACAAAUGCUGCCUGAACAUGCAGGGGUUGUCUUUUGCAACUGCUGAUAUAGAAGCUCGGAACGAGUACAGCACAUCGCUCUGGUAUGCUUCUUCCCA